AUGCCGCCCUAUUCACACACAUACACGCGUGCGCGUGCGCCUGUAUUGCUACCGCCGAACGGGCAUGAGUCAUUCACGUAUAAAUUGGGCGGCCCUCCUGGCCCACGUCAUGCAGUGACUAAUGAAGUGCACCCGCGAGUGGAGCUUCGGGAUCCGGACGCGUCGCGCAUGACUCAUGUGGGCUACGCGCGUGACGGUAAUAGCCGCACAGCUGUCGAUGGCAGUAAUGCACAGUGGCCGUGUCGCUCCCUUCUCUCCCUCCCCACCCCCGCCACCACCACCACCACUCCGAGUCUUACAAGCUAUGACGCGACGGCCACGCAACUUGCGCUCGGAAGGCUCACGGAAUUGGCAGUGCUGACCUCGACGUCGCCGCAGACGUGCUUCGAUGGUGUUUACACAAGCCGGCAACAGCAGCAGCAGCAGCAGUCGUGUAGCUGGGCUAACACCCCGAAACCCACCACCCCCAUCGCCGCCACCGCUGUCUCGCCCGGUUGCAACGGCCUUCAGGCUCUGAUCUCCGCUGCGGCCCUCACCGCCUCACCUCUGCUGGCCGACAGUGGCGCAUCCGACAGCCGCACAACGGCCUCCUGGGACGCCCAUCAGAUGUCUCCGUGUCUUCCGCUGGGGCUGCAACCGCCGCCUCAACAGAGCCUCGAGCUUCCAAGCGAUCCACCGAAGCGACGAUCUGGAGUCAUUCGAAGUCCGUCGGCCCAAUUCAACGACGAGCGGUACAGGGAGCGACGACGAAAAAACAACGAAGCGGUCCGCCGGUGUAGAGAGAACAAGCGGGCGCGGUUAUCGAUGAGUGACGAAGUGACAGGGCGGUUACAGUCAGACAAUAUUCUGCUGCGGUCCAAACUCGAUGGGCUCAAUUCGGAAGUCCGGGCGCUUCGUCACCUCCUCCUUGCUGGCCAGCAAUCUCAAGCCCAGAUGGCUGGCUCUCAGUCGCUGAAGGAAAACCCUCCGGAGACACCAAAGGCCCCUCCACAAACAGCCGAGGACACCUGUGCACCCCUGCCAAGUCCUCCUCCCGCGCAGUCCCCCACGAAACCUCUGCCAAAGUAUGCGCUCCCGAAGAAAGGCAUUCCACGCGUCCCCAGCCACCUUCCACCUCUGAAGCGACGCAUCACCCUCCCUCCCACCUUCAACCCCUUGGCCGGAGGCGGCACCACCCUAGUUCCGCUUGAGGGGGGUCGGAUUCACUCGGCAAUAAUCAGUGGAGUGAACCAAGAGCGCAAAGCAGUAACCGUUGAAUGGUAUGAACGUGGAGAGGCCAAAGGAAAAGAGCCCUCUAAUGAUACCACGUCGGUGCUCAAGGAACGCCCCGUCAACGAGACCGUACUCACCAACCAACCACCUUCACAGAGGAAGGUCACUCAGACACCCACCCCUGGGGCAUCUACCAAUCAGGGUGGAGGCCCUCCUCGACAGUAUCGGGGUUCUCGUUUGCCCGCACCAUCGACGCGACCCACUAGGGCUCGUGCCAACGCCGCCUCGAGUAGUGUAAUGGCCGUCGCCGAGGAUCUUGCUCAGCCUUCGCGUGGGGGUGAAUCGGAUGCCAUACAGCAUUCAAUUGCCACCGACACUUCCCUCGCGCAACAAUCAGGUUCCCAACGCGUGAACGAAGCAAUGGACACGGAUGAAGUUGUUACCAGUACUACCGCCAGUCGACUUACCGACUUCGAACAGUUUGAUGAGCGGGCUUGUGAAGAUUUGACCCUGCGGGAGGACCUCGAUUACGAAGUGGACGAUGGGAGUGGUGGCGGUGGUGGUGGUUAUGCUCCAGAGGAUCGUCAGGAUUGGGAAAACUACCAUCAAAGCAACGGUCGGAAUUUCCCAGAGACUCGAGAUGUACUUGGACCGAUGCCCGGAUUCGGUUCUAAACAGGAAGCAAUGAGGCGAAAUGGGACUCGUGGUACGUCAAAUUCAGUGACACCAACAACGGCCAACCAGCCAGGCGCCGCAAACACUUCAGUGACCAGUAGCAGCACAUCGCGAAAGUCCAGUGUUGUGAAGGAAAUUGAGAGGAUUCAACAACGCAGGGAGGAACGAAGGGCCGCCCAGAGAGCCGCCAGGGAACAGCCCGACGUUGAUCCAACAAGUCCAAGUUACGAGUUUCUUAUGAUGAUCAGGGAAUACCAGGAGUCUCUUGAUUAUCGACCGCUGACGAUUUCCGAUGAGAUCGAGUGUCACCAGAUCUGCGUGUGCGUCCGAAAACGGCCAAUGAAUAAAAAGGAACUCGCUCGCAAAGAGAUCGACGUCAUUACCAUACCCAAUAAACAACAAAUUCUUGUACAUGAGCCCAAAACCAAAGUAGACUUGACAAAGUAUCUGGAAAACCAGUCCUUCCGAUUUGAUUACGCAUUUGACGAGACCGCCGACAACGCCUUGGUUUACAGGUACACCGCCCAGCCCCUCGUGGAAAGCAUUUUCGAGCGUGGAAUGGCCACGUGCUUCGCCUAUGGCCAGACAGGCUCGGGCAAAACCCACACAAUGGGCGGUGAAUUCCAUGGUCGUGGUCUGCAGGACUGCUCCAACGGCAUUUACGCUCUGGCUGCUCGAGACGUUUUUCACCUGAACGCCACAAAGUACAGCCAUGAGGAUCUCUGUGUCGACGCGGCCUUCUUUGAGAUUUACAGCGGCAAGGUGUACGACCUGCUCAACAAGAAGGCCAAACUGCGAGUGCUUGAGGACGGGAAGAACCAGGUCCAGGUCGUUGGUCUCCGACACGAGCCUGUGCACUCCGUGGAGGAUGUGCUGCGUCUGCUCAAAUACGGCGCCGACAUUAGGACCAGCGGGCAAACUUCGGCGAAUCAACACUCGAGCCGGUCCCAUGCCGUGUUCCAGGCAAGCCCGCCCGCUUUAAUUGAGCUGCCAUUUGGUUCUCGUUUAAUCCUCAAAAAGCGUGGACCGAACAAACUGUUUGGCAAGUUCUCCCUAAUCGACUUGGCUGGCAACGAAAGGGGAGCCGACACAAGCAGCGCCGACCGAAUCACCCGAAUGGAAGGAGCGGAGAUCAACAAGAGCCUUCUCGCCCUGAAGGAAUGCAUUCGCGCUCUUGGUCGCAAAGGCGCACAUACGCCCUUCCGUGCCAGUAAAUUGACACAAGUCCUCCGCGACUCCUUCAUCGGCGAUCGCUCACGGACAUGCAUGAUCGCAAUGAUCUCACCUGGCAUCUCCUCUUGUGAGCACACCCUCAACACCCUCCGAUACGCCGAUCGCGUGAAGGAAUUGGGUCCUGGAAAUGCGAACGGCGCAUCAGGCGGGACUGUGCCUGCUGGGGACAGCAAUUUUUCAGCACAACCAGUCCCACCAAUCCCCUCGGCCAUUCCGUCGAAUCGAGGUCCUGUCACGAACCGGAUUGGAACUCGCGGCGGAGGCGAUGCCGCUGGUAUCUACUCCUCCUACAACGGCAGUGGACCCCUCCGUGGCUCGGACGAUCGAUAUGGCAUUGGGGGUUCUGGAGGACAUAUGAUGGAUCAUGAUCCCGAGGACGAUGAUCUAGCCAUGUUGCGAUCAGCCAAUGACGACAAAACGUCUGCAGACGUGCUGGAACUCGACAUUUGUCCUGAAGAUGGCGAGGUCUCGGAGGAGUUGCUCAACUUCCACGAAGUGGUCCGCCACAUUGAACGACUUGAAGAAGAAGUAUGCGAUGACCACGUCGCCCUAUGCAAUAAUUUUAACAAGUGGUCCAGUGAACAUCAUCGACUGCAAAGGGAGACCAUGAAAGUUCCCUACGAUGUUGAAGCGUACGCUUCUCGCUUGGAGCAGCUGCUGUCAACACAAGCCAACACACUCUUGGCUCUUAAAGACAAAGUGUCAACAUGGCGACGCGAAAUGCGCCAGGAGGAGGAGAUAAGCAGCAAGCUUCAAAAGGGCCGGCGACUGUAG